AGACCACCACGCCCAUACCACCCGACCGAAAAUCGACUGACAAACCCAUCUUCGCCAUCACCGCCGUCGCACCAAAAAAUCCGACAUACAUCCACCACCUUCACUUUUUCUCAUCCACUCGUCCAUUUUCUACUUAUUAAAUCUACCGCCACUCGCGAUACUUUAUACCAACAUUUCUUUCCACCUCAUUCGCGGGUUUCAUUCCUGGCCUCCGUAUACCAAAGGGACCUUUGGUACCUGCGUACCUGGUCGCAUCCUCUUUCGCUCCUUUUGCAUAGCUAGAGGAUUCAGACUCUUGCCUAAUCAAUAUUUCCUGUCUAGCAAAAAAAGGCGAAAUCCAAAACUAGGAUUCCUUUCCCGAAACGCACCGUCAAGUGCUGGAUUGCUCAGUCGAUUACCACACACUUACGCGCAUUCGUUUCUGUCUUGUCUGACCAUUUCUUCCGUCGCUGACCAAGAAACGAGCGCCCGAUAUAUUUGACCGAUUCAUCCCGGCAUCAUAACACGACUUCCAAUAGCCAGAAUUGAGCCUCACGGUCGCCAAGCUUGGCUCCCCAUCACCGCGACACGCACGCGCAUUUGCCCUGUGGUAGCUUAUCACUGUGACUGAAUACCGCGGAUUUCGACAGACUUUUGUCUGUCUAUCAUUUUUUACUAAUGAAUAACAUGAAUAUGCCCAAUAUCCCCAUGGCUGGGCCUGUCGGUGGUCCAUCACCAAUGAUGGCCAAUACGUUAGCCGCGCAACAGCAACAAGUCCAAAGCCAAGGGAAUAACCGGACAGUGCUUAAUACAUAUAUUUACGACUACUUCCUUCGAGAGGGCAUGUUCGACUGUGCGCGCCAAAUGCUCAAGAGUGAACAGACCCUCAACGUCAUUAAGGAAAGCCCCGGCCGCCGUCGUGACGAGAAUGGCAAUGUUCUAGGCAAUGGGGUGGGUGAUGAUCCUAUGGACACCGAUAGUAAAGAUGACAUAGACUCGAAGCGACCCUCGGAUCUACCUCUGCCGAACGUCCCAGCUGCCGCCGAAAAUAGCUUCCUAUACGAGUGGUUCUGUUUAUUCUGGGAUAUGCUUUACGCUCAACGUAACAAGCCGGGCAUUAGUCCCCAAGUGAGCCAAUAUGUCAAUCAUACCCAGCAACAAAAUCGCCAGAAACAAACAGAACAGCAAGCAAUACUACGAGGAAUGCGACAAGACCUCUACGGCCCACGAAUGAUGGGAAUGCCAAAUGGGAUGCAAAUUAAUCAGAAGCAGCAGCAACAAAACUUAGCUAGGACGGCUAUGGCCAAUAAUCAGAACCCGCAAGCCAUGCACAUGCUGCAGCAGGCGAAACAGAAUCAGAUGCAGCGCGAUGGUUCGAAUAUGGACGGUAAUCAAAACCGCCCAGGUUCUCCCGGCCAGGCCGAGAACGCGCCGUCGCCGAGUAAGAGACCGCGUCUGGAUUCAUCCGGACCCUUCAACCCUCAGCAGGGAGGCAUGAUGCCUAAUGGACAACGACCGCAGCAAGGCAUGCCAGGACAACAAGUAGGCAACGGACCCAGAAAUACUACUAUAGCUGGACAUAUGCUUUCAACGAACGGUAUCAACCCAGCUAGUCUGUCACCUGAACAGUUCCAGAAUUUUCAAUCGCAACCUCCGCAAACCCAGGCCAAGUCAAUUCAGACAUAUUCACAGAAUCUACAGCAGCACCAUGGUCAGCAAAUAACUAACAAGCAGAUGCCAAAUCCUGGCGGCCCGCAGGGCCAAUCGCCCAUGAUGCAAGGCGGACCUAAUGACGUCGCAAUUACUGCACUCUACAACCCAGACGGGAUGGGCGGUCCCGGAGUAGUGAGGCCCGGUGCGCCAGGUGGCGCCCAAGGAGCAGGUGGUAGCAAUCAUGCUCUGCAGGAUUAUCAGAUGCAGCUAAUGCUAUUAGAGCAACAAAACAAGAAACGUCUCAUGAUGGCGAGGCAAGAGCAAGAUAGCAUGGGUGGCAUACCUCGACCGGACGGAGCUGGCCCCGGCGGUCCUGGGGCACCCGGUGGCCCUGGUCCGAAUGGACAAGCUUUCCAAGACCCGUCUGCUCAAGGAGGUCGCUCGGGGGCUUCACCUAACCCGGCGGACCAAAUGAAGCGUAAUACUCCGCAGAUGAAUCCCGCUACCAUUCCAUCGCCAUUGACGGAUGGUGCGCAAUCGAGAGGGUCACCGAACCAAAUGAAUUUUGUGCCAAAUGGAAUGGACCCUAAUAUGCAGGGUCAUUUCUUCAAGAAUAUGAACGGGAUGGAUUCCAACAUGGUAACCGCAGCACAGAUGAACGGAGGAGGCAUGCGACCCCCGAGUUCUCACCCCAAUCAACCAUUUAACGGCCAAAUGAAUCCUCAAAUGAUGAGACCGCAGCAGGGUGCCCAGGGUGGUCCCCCGAUGCAAUGGCAGCAGGGACCGAAUGGAAACGCGAUGGCGCCCCAAGGGCCUCAAGGGCCUCAAGGUCAGGUUCAGGGCACGCCGCAGCAACGAUCUAUGCCCCCUCCGUCGGCUCCCCCGGUUAACAAUGGUGCUGGGGGCCGCUCAACGUCGUCGCCGCAGCAGAAUAAUGCGGCUCCGCCUACACCCCAGCAAUCUAACAAGGCCGCACCUAAGAAGAAGGAUACUAAAAACGCCAAGAACAAGAAUGCCGCUCAGAAGAAGGCAAACCAGGCCCCAGGUGCGACGCCUGCUUCAGAAGCCGCCCAAGAGCCAGAGCCUCCCACGCCUGUCACGCCCGUCAACACAACAAACUUCAACAAGAACGGCCAGGUUGUGGCUGCUCAGCCAACAGGUAAUGCAGCUGUAUCUGCUCCUCCGCCUGUUCCUGCGCCAGUUGCUGCACCACAAGCGCAUCCAGACCCGUCACAAAUAAACUCGUUUGGCAUGGACAACAACUCAAUAGAUUUUGGCGCCAUGCCGUCUUUUGCGGACCCUAUGCAGACUGGCGACGUACUUCAAGACUUUGAUUUUGAUUCAUUCCUGCACGACGGCGACGCUGAUCCCGGAACCUUUGAUUUUGGUACUGGGCCAUUUGGAAUGGAAGGGGCUGGGGAGAUUGGGGCGGAGUAGGAACACGUCUUUAAACUCGUCGGUUCGAAGUGAUAUCCUUUAAGCAUCUCUAUGUUCGGGUUGGGCAUGUCAUGGCGUUCAUCGGUUGUUUAAACUCGCAUCUGGACUAUGGCCAUGGUCUGGCGGGUAUUCGAACUCAGCGGACCAGAGACGAAACACGACUACUACCGAAAAGCCUGUUGAUUUUUCUCCUCUUAGACUACCAUACCAUACUUAUUGUUUUUAGUUGUUUCGUCAUACCGCUCAUAUCACAUUUGCCCUUGUUUCGUCUCGUCCGUUGCUUUGUCUUUGAGACCGGUGAGAUUCUGGCGAGGGACAUCUCAGUCUUGGGGUCCAUGAUUGAUUCUAUUGUACUUUUUGGAGGAUUCGUAUUGCACUUCUCUGCUACUGCGCGGCUCGCUAGUUUUUCUUGUCUUCAUAUUCGUUUGGAUUUACCUUGACCUCGGCGGAUCAGUCAGGCAAUGAAACUCAU